AUGUCCACAGCACAUAGGCCAACAUGGGAGCCCGCACAAGCGAAGGAUGUGAAGGGUGGCUCACGCCAGUUUUCCGCGCGAGACAUGGCCGCACACACGAAGCUCAAGUUUCGGCAACCAGGCCAGACAUCAGUCGAUGAAGUCGUUAAGCGGGAUUUGCGUGCGGAUCUGCUGCUAGCGGAACAAGCGGCGCGGGAGAAGAAGCGCAAGGCGGAGGGUAAGCCCCCGCUAGCCGUCGAGAACGCAAGCACCGCAGCGGGGCAGGACGACGAGUCGAAUAAACGGAGAAGGCUUUUGCAGGAAGCACUCGAGCUGGAUAAAGACGACGAUGAUGAGGAGAAGAGCGACAAGAACGACAUGGGUGACAAGGACGAGGACAAUGAUGAGGACGACGACGAUGACGAUGAUGACGAGGACGAAGACGACACCGCAGAACUUCUGCGGGAACUAGAGAAGAUUAAGCGAGAACGGGCGGAGGAGAAGGAACGUCAAGAGCGCGAGCAGUCUGCAUCAGCCACUGCAGCACGGGAGGCAGAAAUUGCGAACUUGAUAUUCAAGAACCAGGCCAUGAGCGCACGGGACAAGGAUAAAGCAUCCGGGAAAUUCGUGAACGACUUGCUGCGGACAGAAUUUCAUAAAAAGUUCAUGGCCAAGUUCAUCAAGGAAUCAAGGGACCAUGAUGCGAGCUGGAUCCAGUCUCUCGUAAAGCGCGAGCUUUCCGAUGACGACCAUGAUCGUGAAAACUAUAGCCCUCAUACUUCGCACGACGUGAUGAAUUCUGGUCAUGGUGACGGGUGUGAUCUGUUCCCGGUAUUUGUGCAGAUUUCAAAGCAGGCAAAGAGACGGGUGACGGGUGGCCGAUAG